AUGUCGGUGCUUCACAGAGACCUCCUGGCUCUGCCCAGGAGCGACUGCAUCGCGGCGGAACAGCAGUGUCUCUCCGACUCCACCUGCAACGCGACCUACAGAGUCCUGGAGAGCUGUGCCCUGGCCAAGAGCCGCCUCCUCCCGCUGGACCAGGAGGGCAGGGUGAGGUGUCUGGGCGCGGAGCUGGACUUGGGGAACAGCUCUCUGCUGCACUGCCGGUGCCACCGCCGCAUGAAGAGGCAGGAGCACUGCUUACGCGUUUUCUGGACCGUUCACUCCAGCAUGACAGAUGGUUAUUUCAAUUUGGAGACCUCUCCUUAUGAGAAUCCAGCAAAUGAGGAACAUUGGAAGACAGAUUAUAAUAAACUGGCAGCUCUGUUAUCAGGCUCACAGUUAGCAGGAGAUGCAACAAAUCCGUGCCUGAAAGCAACUCACGUCUGUAACCUGAGCAAGAAGUGUGUUCGCCUGCGCACGGAGUAUGCCUCCAUCUGCACCAAGGGAGCGGGAAGCGAGGACACGUGUGACCGCCGCAAAUGCCACAGAGGGCUAAGGAACUUCUUUGAGAAAGUUCCUGAGGAUUUCACCAAAAGGAUCCUUUUCUGUCCAUGUCAAGAUGAACUUUGUGGAGAGCGACGCCGGAAAACUAUUGUUCCUGAUUGUUCCUUCCAGUAUAACACCAAACCCAACUGCCUCUGGCUUCUGGACUCCUGCUUAGAAGACCAUAUUUGCAAAUCCCGGCUGGCCGACUUCCAACAGAACUGUCAGCCCGCGGACACGUCUCUGGACGGCUGCGCUCCACAGGGCCACGCCGCCUGCCUGCAGGCCUACAUGGGCAUGAUCGGUACGCCCAUGACACCCAACUACAUCAGUAAUGCCAGCGUGGAGAUCUCCCUGUGGUGCACGUGCGAGAGCAGCGGCAACCAGAAGGAGAAGUGUGACCAGAUACUCGGCAUGUUUGAGAGCAACAAAUGUCUUGAAAAUACCAUUUUGUCUCAAAUGCACCUGAAGCAGACAGCUCUAGAAAGGCAGGAAGACUUAUUUUAUUCAUCUUCCCUAAGCUUCCAAGGAGACAGUGCCAGCACAGCUCUCGCUUCAGAGAUGUCCCAGGUGGCUGAAGGGAAGGCACAGCGAGACAUCUCCGAACACAGCAGUAUGCCCAUGGCCUCCUCUGUCUAUUCUGGAGCUGCUGUUUCUUGGCCAUCUCUGGCUCUGUUCCUGCCUCUGUUGCUGAGCUCAUGUUAACUUGGCAUAAAUAGCAUCUUUCCUUCCCAUAUUAUUAACCGCAUUCCAUAUCCAGGUACCUCCCAGUAUUGAUUUACCUUUGGGAAAGAGAAGGCUUCCAGAAAAAUGGAAUGGAAGAGCCUUAACCCAGAACGGCAGACACUGACAUCCUCCCCCUGACCUUCCCCAGUCAGUUUGCACCAAGCUCCGCAGAUACGGUGACCAUCGUUGUAUUGCUUCUGCCACCUUCGCAGUUAGAGUAACAGUCAGGCUAAUAUUCCAGCACAAUAUUUUAAAACAAAGGUACAAGUUCUGUCAGAACUUGGGCAGGGUUCCAUUUCUGACUGCAGGGAGGGACCUGACACAGUGCGUCCUACCACCCCACCUUCUGGAGCUCUUCCUCAGGCAUACAAUCACAGGAUGGUUUGAGUUGGAAGGGACCUUUAAAGAUCAUCUUCUUCCAACCUCCCUGCCCUGGGCAGGGACACCUCCCACCAGACCAGGUUGCUCCAAGCCCCGUCCAACCUGCCCUUGAACCCCUCCAGGGAUGGGGCAGCCACAGCUUCUCUGGGCAACCUGGGCCAGGGUCUCACCACCCUCAGAAUGAAAAAUUUCUUCUUUAUGUCUAAUCUACACCUACCCUCUUUCAAUGUAAAACCAUUUCCCCUUGUUAUGUCACUACAGGCCCUGGUAAAGUCUCUCUCCAUCUUCCUUAUAAUCCCCUUUUAUGCAUUGAAAGGUCACAAUAAGGUCUCCCCAGAGCCUUCUCUUCUCCAGGCUGAACCACACCAACUGUCUCAGCCUUUCUUCAUAGGAGAGGUGUUCCAGCCCUCUCAUUGGUUUUGUGGCUCUCUUGUGGACCCGCUUCAACAGGUCCAUGUCUGUCUUGUGCUGGGCACCCCAGAGCCGGACGCAGGACUCCCAAGUAGCGUAAAGGGGGAGAAUCCCCUCCCUCGCCCUGCUGGGCACGCUGCUUUUCAUGUAGCCCAGGAUACAGUAUGGCUUUCUGGGCUGCAGGCGCACAUUAUUGGCCCACAUCCAAUUUUUCAUCUACCCGUACCUGCAAGUGCGGGGCUGCUCUCCGUCCCUUCAUCCCCCAGUCUGUAUUGAUUUUGGGGGUUGUCCCAACCCAGAUGCAGGACCUUGCACUUGGCCUUGUUGAACUUCAUGAGGUUCACGUGGGUCCACUCCUCAAGCUUGUCACGGCACAGAGCACAGCAUUCCAUCCUAAAGACUGCAAGUCCACACUCCAGGGUGGGUUGCAAGUUAAGUUCAAUAAACAUGAAGUCCCUGGUAAACAGCAAUUCUGGAUUACUUUCAAUCCCAUUUUCAAAUCCAUUCUUUUGAGUAUAUGGAAAAGACCAUUCCAGCUCAAGGACACUAUACUACAAUUUUUACUCUUGCUCCUUUCUGUUUUGCCCCUUGCAGCGUAUAUUUGUAUAAUCCAUUAUCACAGCUAGCAACAGACUUGGAUUUUGUGGGUUAAGAUGGACUUCUUCUGUGCUCAACUCCAGCAAAUUUAGUCUUAUCUAGCAAAGGAUGACCUUUCCCAGCCUUAGGAUGAACCUUCUUAGUUAUACUUAGAGAAUACAUAUAGCUCAUUUAAGUUGUAUUGACCACAAAACCCCCACGACAUUCAGUCACAAAAAAUCUCUGGAAGCUGCCACUACCUUGUACCUCUCCACGUGCUCUCGUUGUCAUUGUCCCUUCCAUGCUGCCUGCCUGAUCUCCUCCUCCUCUGCCAAGCUCUGCUUCAUGAACCUGUUUACUCUGAGUGUAAAUGUGUACACUGUGUAACUGCUGUUAUUUUGUACUGCAUUUGCCUGUUAAAAUGUGGUGUUAAGUGAAUAUUGAUUUCUGGGCCUAGGUUAAUAGUCCACAAUCAAUUGUGUGCACGAGUUGCCUCAUCUGCCAGCCCAGGCUUUCAGGGUGGCAGUUGAAAUCCUCCUCUGCCACGUGUGAUGCCUCUCGCUCACCCUGGGUACAGCAGACCAGAGUGAUACCAUAAACAGCCAAACAAUAUUAUAAUACUGAGUAGAUGCAGAACAGGUGGGUAUUCACCCUGUGCUUUCCCUGGUGCCAGGGAAGCACCAGCUGAGUGAUUGUCCUUCUGCAGUGGCAAUAUUUCCAUUUCAAAUUCCAGCCUUCUUUUUACAUCCUGAGCAGGUAGGGCAAGGAAAUCGCUUCAUGGAGCAGAACCAUCUCCUCUGUUGCACAGAGAGGUGACAUCUUAUUUCCACAGAGUAGGAACAAAUAUCAUGUCUUAUUAAUAAAGGUAUGCUGGUAUUCUGAUUACCUACUGAAAUACAGCUAUGUGGAUCAAGGGAUAGCACUGUUCCCACUUUUGCUACCAUUCUUUAACUAAAGCAGAGUCCAUGUUACCAUAUUCUAAUAUCUACAUUAGACCAUCCUCCUUAUGGUGGGACUAGAAAUGUGUCAAGACUCCUGACUGUAGUGUAACAACGUCUGUCAUCUCCAGAAUUUAGUGGAGAGCGACGGUGAAGAUCUUUUUCUUUCCACUAUUCCACAAAUCAGUGAUGGUAUUUGUGAGAAUAGUGGAGUAAAUUUCCCUGAGCUAUCUGUACCACACACACAGUGUGCUGCACCCAUCUGCACCGCCACCUUUGUCUUUCCCCACCUUAGUGCUCUAAGACAGGUUGAUAUGGAAAUCAUGAUUAGCAUUUUGUUGUUCGUAUUCACGGCGCUGUGGACUUGUAGCCCCUUUCCCCUAAGAAGGCUGUUGAUUGCAAUUGCAGCCUCCUGUCAUGUCCUGGAUUACGCGGGAAAACGCUCGACACUCGGACAAAUCCUACUCUAGACUUAAAGCGAAAUGUGUCAGCUUGGGUUUUUCUCCCAAGUGUCCUAUGUCCCUUUCGCAGGUACAUAUGCACAUUUGUUCAUCAGUAACUGCAAAGAAAAUUCACCUCUAAAGACACCUGCGUUCACAGGUACUCACCUGUGAGGAGUACAAACCCAGUUGCACUUAGACUUUCUUAACACCUGAUCUCCAAAUAUCACAGUCACUCAAUUACACAGCACACAAGUAUAACUGCUACUAAGAAAUGUCAUGCCAGUAUCAGUUCAGUUCAUUAGCACCAGUAAUGAUCACAGACUGGCACAGUUAUCUAAACCCAUUCAGAACUGUUCUUACUAACCCUAUGACUGAGCAAAGUGCAAAAACCCCUCAGCUUCUACUCCAUGGAAACUGGAGUACGUCAUCCCGUGAGUACCUUUGGUCUAAAUACAAAAAUUAGAAAUUCUCUGCCCUGACGGUCUUGAGCUCUCAGCAAGUGUAUAAAAGGAGGGAACCUUCUAGUUGUA